CACAUCAGAAGCGAGAAGUCGUCCAGCGAAUAAUGGCCUUGGGCGCCCUGCUACUGGCCCUAAACGUCGAGGCUGCUGCGGCGAGAAAGUCCUUUUCGCUUGGGAACUGGCGUUUCAAUGAUCCCCACUACUCCAGUGCCCAGUAUGCCAAGAUACUGGCGGAUAAUGGCAUUGGCCACGACCAGGACCCCGCGGAGAAGGGUGCCAGUGCAGGCGCGGUUGCAGCUGCAGGUGCAGAUGGAGUUGAGAGGGGUAUGGGUCCCCUGCAGAUCAAGUACGUCGACUACCAGCCACACUGCGCGUCGGGCGGUGUGCCCGUCUGCGCCACGAAUGGCACGGAUCACUUCUACUUCGAGAACGACUGCCGCUUGGAGGCGCACAACAUGAAGAUGCUGUUCCAGUACGGCACAGAGCUGGAGCCCACGGAGCUGGAGCGAUGCCUGCCAACUUGCCGGACCAUGAAGUGCACGAAGGUCCAGCGGCCCGUCUGUGCCCUGGCCGAGAUCGGAGGAGAAGGCAGCGGCGCUCAGGCACCCAUUACAUUCCCCAAUGAGUGUGAGGUGCGACGGCACGAGUGCCAGAGCAAACAAGCUAUGCGUAUCCUGCAUGCCGGACCCUGCUCUCCGCCCCCAGUCAAGGGCAGGCGCAAGAAGAAGUUGCGCCGCAGCAAGGGAAAGCGGCCAGUAUCCGCAGCAGGAACAGGUACAGAUCGUCCCAAGGUUUAUGUGAUGCUGGCCCAGCCAUUGACAAGGAAAAGCACGACGAGUACGACGACGACAACGAUGCCAGCGAUGCCAACGAUGCCAACGAUGCCGAUCGCCAGCAGUACUGCGACUCCACUGCGAUUCCGUCAGCUGAUUAACUCCGGCAAUCCGAUGGUAUCCGUGUCGCGUGCCAUGGACGCCUACAGUGUCUACAAUAUAGACGAUGUGGGCUACGACUAUGGCGAGAUCACCGACUCGACGCUCUCGCUCUUUGUGCCCGGCGUGGGCCGGGUAACCGAUGCAUAUCCCACCACCACAACGACCACCACAACACCGAAGGCAGAAACGUUGACGCCCAUGCCCAUGCCAGUCAUUACCACGACGACGGCUUCCCCAACCGUGUGGACCAGCAGCACCACCUCCACAUGGAUCACCACCGAAAGCUCGGAGCACAGCAGCAGCAGCACAGCAGCAACCACAGAGGCUUCCGAUAGCCUCAGCUAUGACCCAACCAGCGAUUCAUCUGCAGCGGAUAGAGCAGAGCCACUUUAAGGGAUAAAGAACAUUUAUA